AUGAGCGGCCGAGUCGGGGACCUGAGCUGCCAGCAACAGGAGGCACUGGCCAAGUUCCGAGACAACCUCCAAGACCUGCUGCCCACCAUGCCCAAAGCUGAUGACUACUUCCUCCUGCGCUGGCUGCGAGCUCAGAACUUUGACCUGAAAAUAUCUGAAAACAUGCUCCGGAAGCACAUGGAGUUCCGGAAACAACAGGACCUGGACAACAUCCUCACAUGGCAGCCCUCAGAGGUGAUCCAGCUGUAUGACACGGGUUGUCUCUGUGGCUAUGACUAUGAAGGCUGCCCAGUGUGGUUCGACUUGACUGGGACCCUUGACCCCAAAGGUCUCCUCCUGUCAGCCUCCAAGCAGGAGCUGAUCCGGAGCCGCCUCAAGGUCUGCGAGCUGCUUUCACAGGAGUGUGAGCUGCAGAGUCAGAAGCUGGGUAGGAAGAUUGAGACGAUGCUGAUGGUGUUUGACUUGGAGGGGCUAAGCCUGAAACACCUGUGGAAGCCAGCUGUGGAGGUCUACCAGCAGUAUUUUGCCAUCAUGGAAGCAAAUUAUCCUGAAACGGUGAAGAAUUUAAUUGUCAUUCGAGCCCCUAAGCUGUUCCCAGUGGUCUUCAACUUGGUCAAGUCAUUCAUUAGUGAGCAAACUCGAAGGAAGAUAGUGAUUCUAGGAGCCAACUGGAAGCAGGAGCUGCUAAAGUUUAUCAGCCCCGACCAGCUGCCCAUGGAGUUUGGGGGGACCAUGACUGAUCCUGAUGGCAACCCUAAGUGCCUGACCAAGAUCAAGUAUGGGAGCGAGGUGCCCAAGAGCUACUACAUGCCCAACCAGGUGAAGGUACAGUAUGAGCACACGGCGACUAUAGGUCGUGGCUCCUCCCUGCAGCUGGAGAAUGAGAUCCUGUUUCCAGGCUGCGUGCUCAGGUGGCAGUUCGCAUCAGAUAGGGCAGACAUCAGCUUUGGGGUUUUUCUGAAGACCAAGAAGGGAAAGCAGCAGCGAGUAGGGGAGAUGACGGCGGUGCUGCCCAGCCAGCGAUACAAUGCCCACCUGGUGCCUGAGGAUGGGAGCCUCACCUGCCUCAAAGCAGGCGUCUAUGUCUUGUACUUCGACAACACCUACAGCCUGAUACACACCAAGAAGGUCAGCUACACAGUGGAGGUGUUGCUUCCUGACAAGGCCUCCGAGGAGAAGAUUCAGAGUCUCGAGGCGACAAGACCGUCUUCAACUCAAUGA